AGAGGGAAGACCUGACAGGGAUCUGCCUCCAGACUCUCUGAGCCUCUGCUCCUCUGCUCCUCUGCUCCUCUUCUCUGCUCCUCUCCUCUCUUCUUCGACCAGCUGAACCCUGCUCCUCUCCGCUCCUGUCAUGCCGAGCCUCCUUCUCUGCCCCAGGCCGUUGGCCGUCUCUGCUUGUUACUGGCCUCUCCACGUGCUCCUGCUGGAGCUCCUCGUCCGAGGAGUCCUGCCCAACAUCUCCAGAUUACCUGCGACGGCCAAACGUGAGAUCAUUAUCGACGGAGACCUGGUGAUUGGCGGUUUGUUUCCCGUUCACGAAAAAGGCGAGGGCACCGAGGACUGUGGGAAGAUCAACGAGCAGAGGGGGAUCCAGAGGCUGGAGGCCAUGCUGCUGGCCCUGGACGAGAUCAACUCCAACAGUCGCAUCCUCCCCGGGCUGCAGCUGGGAGCCCACAUCCUGGACACCUGCUCCAAGGACACCUACGCUCUGGAGCAGUCCCUGGAGUUUGUCCGGGCGUCUCUGACCAAGGUUCAGGAUCCAGGCUUCAUCUGCCCCGACGGCUCCAGGCCGAUCCAGAACGAGGUUCCUCUGGCCAUCUCAGGGGUCAUCGGAGGAUCCUACAGCGACGUCUCCAUCCAGGUGGCGAACCUCCUGCGAUUGUUCCAGAUCCCACAGAUCAGCUACGCCUCCACCAGUGCCAAACUCAGCGAUAAAUCCCGCUAUGACUACUUCGCCCGCACCGUCCCGCCCGACUUCUACCAGGCCAAGGCCAUGGUCGAAAUCCUGCGAUACUUCAACUGGACCUACGUGUCGACCGUGGCCUCCGAGGGGGACUACGGCGAGACCGGCAUCGACGCCUUUCAGCAGCANGCACUUGCCAGAUCUAUCUGCAUCGCCACGUCGGCCAAGGUGAGCCGCUCCAUGACCCGCCAGAACUACGAGAACGUGAUCCGCUCCCUGCAGCAGAAGUCCAACGCCCGGGUGGUAAUCCUGUUCACCCGCAGCGAAGACGCGCGCGAGCUGCUGGUGGCGGCUGCUCGCAUGAAUGUCACCUUCACCUGGGUGGCCAGCGACGGGUGGGGGGCGCAGGAGAGCGUGGUGAGGGGCAGCGAGAGCGCAGCAGAGGGCGCCUUCACCAUCGAACUGGCCUCCUACAAGAUCAGGGAGUUUGAAGACUACUUCACCAAACUGAACCCCUACACCAACACCAGGAACCCGUGGUUCAAAGAGUUCUGGGAGCUCCGGUUCCGCUGCAGCCUGGAGGAGCACGGCUGCAGCGACCGCAGCCUCAGGGACGGAAGCUUCGAGCAAGAGUCCAAGAUCAUGUUCGUGGUGAACGCCGUGUACGCCAUGGCCUACGCUCUGCACAACAUGAGGCAGGCGGUGUGUUCCAACACGUCCAAGGUGUGUGACGCCAUGAAACCAGGCAACGGCAAACGCUUCUACAAGGAGUUCAUCCUGAAGACCAAGUUUGAAGCUCCGUUCCGACCUCAGGACACCGACAGCAUCGUUCGCUUCAACUCGGUCGGCGACAGCAUCAGUCGCUACAACAUCUUUCACUACCACAAGGAGGACGGCAAGUUCAUCUACAGGAAGGUGGGCUACUGGGACCAGAACUUUACCCUCAACACCAGCCUGGUGGCCUGGAGUGGCUCAGGGCCGCCAACCUCCCAGUGCAGCGACCCCUGCAGGAAGAACGAGGUGAAGAGCAUGCAGCCCGGAGACGUGUGCUGCUGGAUCUGCAUCCCCUGUCAGCCGUACCAGUACCUGCAGGACGAGUUCACCUGCGCCGACUGCCGCUCCGGUCAGUGGCCUCUGGCCAACCUGACGGGCUGCUACGACCUGCCGGAGGAGUACAUCAGGUGGGAGGACGCCUGGGCCAUCGGCCCCGUCACCAUCUCCUGCCUGGGUAUAAUGUGCACCCUGUCGGUGGUGGGUCUGUUCUUCAAGAACAACGAGACCCCGGUGGUGAAGGCGUGUGGACGAGAACUCUCCUACAUCCUCCUGCUGGGGGUGCUGAUGUGCUACAGCAUGACCUUCGUCUACAUCGCCAAACCUUCCACCGCCGUCUGCACCCUACGCCGCCUGGGCCUGGGCACGUCCUUCUCGGUGUGUUACUCCGCCCUGCUGACCAAGACCAACCGCAUCGCUCGCAUCUUCAGCGGCGUGAAGGACGGCGCCCAGAGACCACGAUUCAUUAGCCCUGCGUCCCAGGUCGCAAUCUGCGGCGCCCUCAUCUCCUGCCAGCUUCUGGUGGCCAUCAUCUGGCUGCUGGUGGAGGUGCCAGGCGUCCGGAAGGAGGUGAGCGUGGAGAGGAGAAACGUGGUGACCCUUAAGUGCAACAGCAGGGACUCCAGUAUGCUGAUGUCACUCACCUACAACUGCGUCCUCAUCAUCCUCUGCACCGUCUACGCCUUCAAGACGCGCAAGUGUCCGGAAAACUUCAACGAGGCCAAGUUCAUCGGCUUCACCAUGUACACCACCUGCAUCAUCUGGCUGGCCUUCCAGCCCAUCUUCUACGUCACAGCCAGCGACUACAGGGUGCAGACCACCGCCAUGUGUAUUUCUGUCAGCCUCAGUGGCUCCGUGGUUCUCGGCUGCCUCUUCGCUCCCAAGAUCCACAUCAUCCUGUUCCAGCCCCAGAAGAACGUGGCCUCACUGAGAGUCACGGCCAACCGCUUCAGUGCAACGGUGUCCACCUCCGUCUCCGCCCCCAGCUCCGCCCACUCUAAAGGAUCCACUUCGAAUUACGUGCCAGCCGUGUGUAACGGCCGAGAGGUGGUGGAUUCCACGACGUCCUCCCUGUGAAAUGUUAGUCUUCCUCUCUCCUCAAGCACAAACCUUCAUCCAACCAUCAUUCGUUUUGAACGACGCAGCGCUCAUGCUGUGUGGACACUUCUCUGCCCGAGGAAGUCUGAAAGACAGCCACUAGGAGGAGCUAACUUUGGAAGUUCCAGAUGUACGGUACGACAUGUUUUGUAUUAAUUUAUUAACUCGUCAUCUCUUUGGUUUUACAGAUAGAUGUGAUUAAAUGCACCGUGCCUUGUCCUCAACAGUCGUGUUUAUGGGUGCGUUGUGAAGCAAUAGUGGUUCAUAAAACAAACAAACAAAAAAGUCAAAAAUAAUAUGAAUAAACAUACGCUGUACUUAUCUCGUAUUUAGUGCUGUGAAUCUGAAUAUUUACGACAAGGACUUAAGGACGUUAAUUUAGAGCUCGCUGUUUAAAAAAAAUGUGAACGUGAUUUUAAAAAUAAAAGAAAAAAGUACUCGACGGCUAGACGAUAUAAAGGACGUGUGUCUGUUUUAGGUGUAACAACGUGUUUUCUUGUAACUUAUGUAAAUACAGCGUUUUUUUUAAUAUUUAAGAAAAAAACAUCGCAGUGUUUGGGAUUAUUGAAAGUGCUCCUACUUUAGGACUGAGGUUUUUCUUUUUCUUUUUAUAACCAUCAUGGUGCUCAUUUCAACUGGUGAAAAACUUUACAAAAUAUGAAUUAUGGGGGAUGUCCGAUUAUAACUUUUUGCCGAUAACCGAUAUUCUCCAAACACCUAAUUUCCUAUAUCGA